AUGUUUAGAAUUGCUCCGAUAAUCAAAGCGCCAAAGGUUAGAGUUUUACCACGCGCAAAAGCUAGCGUCAGGGACUUUAGAACCACGCCACGAGCUCAAUUUUUCAACAAGGGCCCUACUCCCGAAGAGCAAGAACAAGCCCUUGCCAAGGUGAGGAAAGCAUUGGAGGCGCAUCCGGAAUUGAGGCAGUUGACGAUGGAUUUCAAGACUUUGCUUGAAGGCAAAGGGUUGUUGGCGCAGGGUAGACCUUCCAUGACUCAGAUGAUGAGGCUCUUGACUGAUAAAGAUGUGAUUGCUCACGGGGCCAAAUUGAAGAAGUUUUUGGACACAAAUGAUACGGGGUUGACGAAGGACGAGUUGGCUACCAUCACUGGGGCCUACAUGUUCCAAGGAAAGGAGAUAUGA